AUAACGGCUGCGGAAGAAGCUGUCAUUUGGCCAAUUUCCCGUCCAAGCGGUAGUUUCCCAUCAAAACCGACACAAAUUCAACGACAAAUGUAACCGUCUCACAGAAAGCCAACGAUGGGAUUUACAUGGAGACGCUUUCUCGGCGUUAAACCGUCGAAAGCGCUCAUGUUGUUGCCUUUUCUGUUGACAUUUCUGCUCGUCGGGAGCCAAGGCGAAAGCAAUGCGAUGGACAACGUCGCAACUGAGAGGCUGGCUGAGGAGAGCCACCGACAGGACAGUGCCAAUCUACUCAUAUUCAUAAUGCUCCUAACACUCACCAUUUUAACCAUAUGGCUGUUCAAACACCGGCGGUUUAGGUUCCUGCACGAGACAGGACUUGCCAUGAUUUAUGGCCUGUUGGUGGGUGUGAUCCUGCGGUUCGGCGUCCAUGUGCCCCAGAGCAUGAGUGACGUGACCCUCAGCUGUGCCGUCAACGCCAGCCCCGCCACUCUGCUGGUCAACGUCAGUGGGCGAUUCUACGAGUACACUCUGAAGGGGGAAGUCAGCCGGGGCAAAGGUCACCAAGUGCAGGACGAUGAGAUGCUGAGAAAGGUGACCUUUGACCCAGAAGUGUUCUUCAACAUUUUACUGCCUCCCAUCAUCUUCCACGCCGGCUACAGUCUGAAAAGGAGACAUUUCUUCAGAAACAUAGGCUCCAUCCUGGCCUAUGCCUUCAUGGGAACAGUUAUCUCCUGCUUUGUUAUUGGACUGAUCAUGUAUGGCUUUGUGUCCUUCAUGAAAGCCAUUGGCCAGCUUGGGGGAGAUUUUUACUUUACUGACUGCCUCUUCUUUGGGGCCAUUGUUUCAGCAACAGACCCAGUGACAGUGCUGGCUAUCUUCAAUGAGCUAAAAGUAGAUGUGGACCUGUAUGCUUUACUCUUUGGGGAAAGUGUCCUCAAUGAUGCCGUGGCCAUCGUCCUCUCUUCCUCCAUCGUGGCGUACCAGCCCGUCGGAGACAACAGCCACAGCUUUGAGGCCAUGGCGAUGUUGAAAUCCUUCGGCGUCUUCUUGGGCGUUUUCAGUGGAUCCUUUGCUCUUGGGGUGGCCACUGGAGUCAUGACCGCUCUCGUGACCAAGUUUACUAAGCUGAGGGACUUCCCCUUGCUGGAGACUGCUCUCUUCUUCCUCAUGUCUUGGAGCACCUUCCUGUUGGCUGAGGCCUGCGGGUUCACAGGUGUCGUGGCUGUGCUGUUCUGUGGGAUCACUCAGGCUCACUACACCUUUAACAAUCUCUCCCCUGACUCUCAGGACAGGACCAAACAGUUGUUUGAGCUUCUGAACUUCCUGGCAGAGAACUUCAUCUUCUCCUACAUGGGUCUGACUCUCUUCUCCUUCCAGUCACACGUCUUCAACCCUUUGUUCAUCAUCGGAGCCUUUCUGGCUGUGUUUCUGGGCAGGGCGGCAAACAUCUACCCGUUAUCCUUCCUGCUCAACCUGGGCCGCAGGAACAAGAUUGGGUCCAACUUUCAGCACGUCAUGAUGUUUGCAGGUCUGCGUGGGGCGAUGACCUUUGCUCUCUCUAUCCGUGACACUGCAACGUACGCCCGUCAGAUGAUGUUUUCAACCACCCUCCUAAUUGUCUUCUUCACUGUGUGGAUCUGUGGAGGGGGCACCAUGCCCAUGCUGUCCUUCAUGAGCAUACCGGUGGGCGUGGACUCUGAUCAAGACAACUCUAAUUCAGCAGUGUUGGAUGGGUCACAGCGGAGGAACACCAAACAUGAGAGCGCCUGGCCCUUCAGGAUCUGGUAUAACUUUGACCACAACUACCUGAAGCCCCUCCUGACCCACAGCGGCCCUCCUCUCACUGCUACUCUGCCUGCUUGUUGUGGCCCGCUGGCACGAUGCCUCACCAGCCCACAGGCCUAUGAGAAUGAAGGCCAGCUCCACGACGAUGACUCUGACUUCAUCCUGAACGAUGCCAGUGUGAGCUCCAUGUACGCCGACGUCACGGUCAGCACGGAUGCAUCCGGAUCCCACACCAUCAACCGCAAGCGCACCUCCAGCACUGGGGGCGGCCCGUCUGAUGAAGGUCUGGAUCACGAGCUUGCCUUGGCUGAACACGAAGUGGCGAUCAGGGGCACCCGCCUGGUCCUGCCCAUGGAUGAUCCAGUGGAGCCACCAACGACUGUCACCCUGCCUCCGCCACCCUCCCCGCCACGCUCCGAACCUCGCAGGCACAGACUGUAAGAAGGCGUACACUGUCAGGAUGCAGUUUGUUGUUUUCAUCUUUAAAAAAAAAAAAAAAAAAAAAAAAUCACAAAU